AUGCCUCCGUCGCUCGUCCCUCAGAGAGGAUUCACCCUUCCUCCCGCCAGUACACAAUCCGCCAAACAGGCGCGAAGUGCAUUCUUCUGCUCGUUAUGUCAAAAAGGUUACAGUCGCAUGAACGAAUUCGAGGCCCAUGAAUCGUCCUAUGAUCACCAGCACAAGAAAAGGUUGAAAGAGAUGAAGGAAAUGCAACGACAGGUGCAGCCCAAGAAGGAAGAGAAAGGACCGCUGAUGCAGAUAAAACUUGGCGGUGGUACUAAGAGCACAGCAAGCGGUGGUGGAGGCUUCAAGAAAGGCGGGUUCAAGAAUGCGUUUGCGCCUGCGGACGAGGAGCCAAAAGCCGAGCUCGAGAAGAGAGAGGAUGCGGACACUACCAUGGUCGAGAAGCGGGAUGCCGACAUGGACGACAGUGAUCUGACAGAAGGUGAGGAUUACUACGAUCCUCGAAGGCCAACAGGAUGCAUGCCUGGUUGCAAAGGCUAUGUUUCUGCGGGCUCUUGA